GGCCCUUGGGCGGAGGGGCUCCCUCCCGACUCGCGAGGAGACCUCCCCCCCCCACCAAUUUCCCCGGACGGGAGCGAGAAGGCGGCAGCGACGAAGAGGCAGCCCAGCCUAGCCCGGACCGGGGAGAGCCCUCGUCUGCCGAAUUUGCUGACAGCUCUUGAAAGAUGAUUUUGGCGAAUAAGGCUGAACGCUAACAGCUUUCGCCUCGGCAGCACAAAGAGCAAUCAAGUCUAGAAGAAAGGGGGAAAAACACACACACACUAUGUGUAGAGCUGUUGAUGAGUAGCACAUGGCUUUGGAGUGGAGAAAGAGGAGGAGGAGGCGGCAGUGGCGACGAAGGAGGGGAGGGCACUGCUCUUCCCGUUCACAUCCAGACCGAAGGGCUUCAGGCUUAUAAGAAGAGAUGCUAAGGCAGAACCCGGUUCUACCCAUGUGGCCAAACAGCGCAGACCCUACAGCUACUUGACCGGCAGGAGGCCCGACCUGGAACGGCACAGAUCCAUCUUGCCUGGUGUGUGUGGUUUUUUUUCUAUUUGCAAGUGGAGGAGAGACGGACACAGGAGCAAAGCCGAAUUUAAAAUGCCAGCUAAAGGCAAAUACUUCUUCAGUGAAAACGAAGGCUGCAAGAUCAGCGAUCCUUUGUACGAGAAAUACCGCUACUCCAGCCAGCAGCAUCCUCUGCUUUUCUUCCUGGUCUUCAUUGCCAUCGCUUAUUGCAUGACGCUCGUCAUCGUUCUCGUCAGCCGGGACGAUCCUCAUAAUCACCUUCCCUUCGUUAUUAUAGUGAGCAUCGCUCUUGUGAUUUUUAUAAUCAUGUACAUUCUGGUUUAUAUCGAGUGCUUCUUCUGGUGCCGACUGAAAUUAUUUGCUGCCAUGAUUUGGAUCUGCCUGCUGGCCAUUGCCUACGUGUCCAUUUUUAACAAGGGAAACGUACACCACCUGGCUGCCUGGGAACAGGUACCUUUUUUCUUAUUCAUCAUCUUCACGGCUUACACCAUGUUACCCUUGGGGAUGAGAGAUGCUGUCAUUGUCAGCAGUGUUUCAGCGCUCUUUCAUAUUAUUGUUCUGACCAUCGCCAUAAUGGAACAGAAUGACAAGAACGAGCGGACCCUCGUGUUUCAGGUGCUUGCCAACGCUGUAAUUUUCCUGUGUGGCAAUCUGAUGGGAGCGUUUCACAAACAUCAGAUGCAGGAUGCUUCGUGGGACUUGUACAGAUACACUCUGAAAUGCAUCCAAGUCCAGAUGAAGCUGAAGAUCGAAAAAAGACAGCAAGUGCGUGGUUUUGCCCUUUCAUUACUUUUUCUUUUGUUCCCUUAAAAAAAACAAAACAUGCACCUAUCCAUAAUUGAAUUAUUUUUUCUAAAAUUAUCAGUGGUGAGGCUAAAGACGAAAGACAAGUAAAAAUGUAAUAACAGUAUUAUGUUCUUGUACAGUAUCCUAUAUGCAGAUAUUGUGGGUUUCACCCGAUUAGCAAGUGAUUGUUCUCCCAAAGAGCUGGUGGUGAUGCUGAAUGAACUCUUCGGCAAGUUUGAUCAAAUCGCAAAGGAAAAUGAAUGCAUGCGGAUUAAAAUUUUGGGAGACUGUUAUUACUGUGUCUCAGGCUUACCCGUGUCGUUGCCGGUGCAUGCCAAGAACUGUGUGAAAAUGGGCCUUGACAUGUGUGAAGCUAUAAAACAAGUGAGAGAAGCCACAGGAGUCGAUAUUAAUAUGCGGGUCGGCAUUCAUUCCGGGAACGUGUUGUGCGGCGUGAUCGGCCUUCGGAAGUGGCAGUACGACGUUUGGUCUCACGAUGUCUCCUUAGCGAACCGAAUGGAGUCUGCAGGCGUUCCUGGUCGUGUUCACAUCACGGAAGCCACGCUCAAUCACCUUGGAAAGGCUUACGAGGUGGAAGAAGGAAACGGGCAUCUCCGAGACCCCUACCUGGAAGCCAUGAAUAUCAAAACAUACCUGGUGAUUGAUCCAAGGUCCAAGCAGCGCACCUCCAACCAUCACGUCCCCCAAACGAGAGUGCAGGACGGUUUGAAGAUGAGGGCCUCCGUCCGGAUGUCACGCUAUUUGGAGUCCUGGGGGGCCGCCCGGCCUUUCUCGCACCUCAACCACCGAGAGAGCGUCAGCAGCGAGACCUCCGCACCCAACAGGAGGCGUAGAAAGGAAACAGCCCUGCAGCUUGCAAAUCGCCAAAGGACUUCAGAAAGCCUGGAUGGACCUAGACAUGAAUGUGCAUGUCCUCCUUCCGUUGUAAACCAGAAAAAUAUGUCUCAGAAAGGAAGGAUAGAAGAAGACAUUCACGACAAAAUGCUGUCCACCAUUGAGAACCUUAGUUCAGCCAAGCCAUGGUGCAGUGAGACAGAUGACUUCCAUGGGCCGUGUGGGUUUUUUGUUGACAUGGGACUUGAAAAAGAGUACCGCACAAUCCCUAUUCCCAAACUGAGGGGCUAUUUCGUCUGUGCCAGCAUUGUCCUGGUGUGUAUGUUUGCGGUGCAGAUAUGCGUCAUGCCAACAACAUCAAAACUAGGAAUUUCAUUUGGGGUCGUCGCUGUCAUCAUGGGGCUUAUUUUAUGCGUAUGUUUUGCAGAUGACUGCUGGAAGUGUUGUUCCAAGCGAUGGCCCCUGGCUCGUUACCUUCGCACGUUUUCCCAGAAAGUUGAGACGCUGCCCUCUGUGAGGCUCCCAUUGGCCACCCUUGCACUGGGCUCCCUGCUAAUCAUCGCCAUUUUUAACUUGCCCACAAACCAGCCCAGCGGAAACUGUAGCACACUGUUCACUGGCCCGCUGGCAGGAAAUGACUCUUCUGGAAACAAGGACGAGACAUUGAGUAGACUGGCUGUGACCUGUUCUUACUAUACCUACUGCUGCCUCCUGGGUUUUAUCGCCUGCUCUGUAUUCCUUCGAAUGAGCUUCGAAUUCAAGUUCAUGCUUCUGUCAGGAGCUGUCGUUGGGUAUUUCAUCAUAUUUAACACCAGCCCAGUUUUGAGUCCCGGCCACUGCAGCAUCCACAAUUCAACCAUAAGUUUUUUUAUGAAAGAUUCGACAAUAAUGACAAACUUAUACCUGGCUCUGUUUUAUAUAACCCUUGUUCUGCUGUCAAAACAGAUAGACUAUUACUGUCGGCUGGACUGCCUACAAAAGAGUAAGUUUAAGAAAGAACACGAGUCAUUUGAGACCAUGGAGAACGUCAACAGACUGUUGCUGGAAAACGUCCUUCCGGCACAUGUUGCUGCCCAUUUUAUUGGGGACAACAAAUUAAACGAGGAUUGGUAUCACCAGUCCCAUGACUGUGUCUGUGUCAUGUUCGCCUCCGUCCCCGACUUCAAGGUGUUCUACACGGAGUGUGACGUGAACAAAGAAGGGCUGGAGUGUCUUCGGCUCCUCAAUGAAAUCAUUGCUGAUUUUGAUGAGUUGCUGCUGAAGCCUAAAUUCAGUGGUGUUGAGAAAAUCAAAACCAUUGGGAGCACAUACAUGGCCGCAUCAGGGCUCUGUGUGACACAUGGCCAAGAGAAUAACGUGGAGAGGCAGCAUGCUCAAAUCGGCAUCAUGGUGGAAUUCGCGAUGGCCUUGAUGACCAAACUUGAUGGCAUCAACAGGCAUUCCUUCAAUAAUUUCCGGCUCCGAGUUGGUAUAAACCACGGGCCUGUGGUUGCUGGUGUGAUUGGUGCUCGCAAACCUCAAUAUGACAUUUGGGGGAACACGGUCAAUGUGGCCAGCCGAAUGGAGAGUACUGGAGAACUUGGGAAAAUCCAGGUUACGGAAGAGACGUGCAAAAUCCUAGAGCGCCUAGGAUACGCUUGCGAAUGCCGAGGACUUAUUAACGUCAAAGGAAAGGGAGAACUUAUGACCUAUUUUGUGUGCACUGAUACAGCCAAAUCCCAAGCCCUUUGAUCGGAACAAAAAGCCACUGAGAAGUAGGGUUAAAAAUACAGAUCAUGCCGGGUUUGUGCUGUUCUAUAAACAGCUUCCUUUCUGUGAAGCCUGGAGACGCCCGCCUCCUUACGUAAAGAAGCUGAAGACCCAGUGAUUAUGAACUACCUAACAAGGGUACCAUUUUUUAGUGCAAGAGAGAGAGGUAUGGAAAGCUCUUGAAGCAAUGUUUACAGCUGUUCCUGACUCUGAGAUUAAGGUUUGUGAAGAUCCCGUGCUGUAGGGAUGUGCGAUACGGUCAUGCCCUUUUUUUGCCGUCACCUGUGGAUUCACAGUUGAGCUGAUUUACUGCCUCUUCCUCGCCCUUCAUUCAGCUCUAGUAACAGUAAUGGACUUGUCCUGUAGAAGAUAGGGCCCCAAUGGCAGCCACACUGCCUUUAGGAAGCCAGAGAUGGAGCACUGCUACUUUCUAUAUAUUUUUUUUCAAAAAAAGAACAGAAGACUGGAUUUGCAGGGGGAGCCCAACCAAGGUGUCGUUUGAACUCGAGACCACCUGUCUGCAACCCAUGUGGGCUCCCCAAUUUUGUGCUGAAGCUCCUUCUAGAACCUGCUUUCAAGUACCAGACAUUUGCACUGCCAGUAUUUUCUACGAACUGAAUCCUGUCCACAUAACUGUGUUUUCCUUGCGGUCGCUUUGUAUUACUGCUAGACCUCUACCCUCCUCGGAUCAUACCAGUCCACGGUCACCUCUGCUUUUAGAAACGUGGUAAGUGGGGAGCUUUUCCAAUUUGUACCUGUUUGGUGUUUCUUGGGUUCGUACCUGUGCGUGAGAGCAAGCAGCUGCACCUUCGGUUCUUGACUACGCUUCCACUUUGGGUGGAAACAAAUCGGUGGUGCCUCUUUCUCACUUUAUGCGGUGGCGUAUUCGCCCUUCAUAAAAUGCCCUUUUAGUUCAGCAACUGUUCAAUAUCCUACAUCAGUAUGUGAAAUACUGGGAUUGUGUGUGUAAAUUCAGUCCCUCUUCCCUUAAGGAUUCAGAUAACCAUGCUAAUAUAAAUUCAAAGCUAUUAUUACCUACAGCUUCAUCACUGUCAUGGAAAAAUUCUCCGUACCUGGUAAAACUGGAUGAUGCACGAUUCCACCAUGUAUUACGACCGUUGAACCGUA